AUGAGGCCUUCUAAACUCGGUUUCCCGAACGCCCUUAAGCUUUUGCUACUUGGAUUGACGGUGCAAUUCGCUCUUGGCGAUGGCAGCUUCACCCUCAAAAUCAGCGACUGCGCCCCAGAAGAAGAAGCCCUUGUAUCGAAGGCAGUCGAUAGCAUGAAACUGGCUGCUUCGGUUGCAGAGGACCGCACUGGAAAACUGCUAGAUGUUCUGAAGAGGAACCCGGGUCCAAACGAUAUUAUCAAAGGCUCUGAUCUCUCGACACUGAUGUUCUUUGAAACUGUGUUUGGAGAGUGUGCAGGACCUGAGAGGGUAGAGGAUAUUCAUAAAAGAAUUGAAACAUUCCGCAAUUUUCUAAAUAACCCCAAAUAUAAGGUCAAUAUCGUAUGUCGAGAGGGAUUCCUGAAACAGGAAGAAGGCCUUGACCUCGAUACCGAAGUUAUGGACAUGCGCCCUGCAGAGUGGGGUGGACGUACCUUGAACUUUGUCGAAGACAAGUCAGAGCUUUUCCCAUGUAAAAAUCCAGAGGCACAAGCCUGGUCCUCAACAAAAUAUGACAUGUUACCGGAGCUCGUCGACCUUACCGUUCUUUGUGAUCAAACUCUGAAGUCUUCUAAUUGGAACGAGCACAAUUCUGCACCUUAUGCGGCUUUACGGGAAAAAACUUUUGAUGCUGAUUCCAUCAAAAUUGAUAAUAUUGAUGACAACAAUCUUGCAACUAUAUUGACCCAUGAGUUCUCACAUUCCGGCUCAAUCUUCGACUGUGAUGGUGGAACAUAUGAUUAUGAUGUGAAUGGGGAAACUUGCUAUGGGUGGAAACUUAUUACCGAGCUUGCCAAACAAAACCCUGGUGCGGCUUCUAGGAAUGCUGAUACAUUUGCAAUGUUUCUCCUCGGAUUGACGCUUGACAAGAAUGACUGGUCAACCGGGAACAGUAAACCAGUGCCUCCUGACUUCCCAGGGCCGAUCAGCCGCCCUGUUUGGAGAGAAGGGAGAUGGCAGGUGUAG